AGAUCGCGCUCCCGCGUCGAUCCCGGGAGCGUCCUGGCUGCCGUGUGCGAGCGAGGCGGGGGGCGCGCGCACGGGGGGCGCGCUCGUGAGUGCGGGGCCGCGCGCUCGGUGGCGCGCAUGUGUGUGUGUGCGGGCUGCCGGGCUUCCCCGAGCCGGCGGGGAGCCGCUCCGCUCCAGGUGGCGGGCGGCGGGAGCGAGGUGAGGCUGCGGGUGGCCCGGGCAGGGGUCCCCAGGGGACUGGCGGGCUGCAAGGCUGCAGACUGCCUUCGAGACAGCGCGCCCCCGCCCGGCCCUGCUGUGCCCCCGGAGCUGAGCUCCGGGCGGUGCUGGCAAAGUUUGCUUUGAACUCGCUCCCCUCAGCCUGGUCGGCCCGUUGCGAGCUGCCCUGAGCGAGCUGACCCCAGGCCAGGCUUCCCAGGAGCAGGGACCAGGGCGCGGGCUGCAAGCUGGUGGGCCUGGGGAGAGACCAGAGCCCCGCAGCCAGCUGCAGCGAGGGACUCGGAGCCGCCUCUUCCCUCGGCGGGCACCGCAGUCAGCUCGUCUCCCCCUUCCCUCCCGCAGGGAGCGGACAUGGACUUCGACUCGUAUCAGCACUAUUUCUACGACUAUGACUGCGGAGAGGAUUUCUACCGCUCCACGGCGCCCAGCGAGGACAUCUGGAAGAAAUUCGAGCUGGUGCCGUCGCCCCCCACGUCGCCGCCCUGGGGCUCCGGUCCCGGCGCCGUGGACCCAGCCUCUGGGAUUAAUCCCGGGGAGCCGUGGCCUGGAGGGGGUGCCGGGGACGAGGCGGAAUCUCGGGGCCAUUCGAAAGCCUGGGGCAGGAAUUAUGCUUCCAUCAUUCGCCGUGACUGCAUGUGGAGCGGCUUCUCCGCCCGAGAACGGCUGGAGAGAGUGGUGAGCGACAGGCUGGCCCCAGGCGCGCCCCGGGGGAACCCGCCCAAAGCGCCCGCUACCCCGGACGGCACUCCUAGUCUGGAAGCCAGUAACCCGGCGCCCGCCACCCAAUGUCAGCUGGGCGAGCCCAAGACUCAGGCCUGCUCCGGGUCCGAGAGCCCCAGCGAUUCUGAAGGUGAAGAGAUUGACGUGGUGACCGUGGAGAAGAGGCGAUCUCUGGACAUCCGAAAGCCAGUCACCAUCACGGUGCGAGCAGACCCCCUGGACCCCUGCAUGAAGCACUUCCAUAUCUCUAUCCACCAACAGCAGCAUAACUAUGCUGCCCGUUUUCCUCCAGAAAGUUGCUCUCAAGAGGGGGAUCCUGAGCCAGGUCCCCAGGAAGAGGCUCCGGAGAUAGAAGCUCCCAAGGAGAAAGAGGAGGAGGAAGAGGAAGAGGAGGAAGAAGAGAUUGUGAGCCCCCCACCUGUCGGAAGUGAGGCUCCCCAGUCCUGCCACCCCAAACCUGUCAGUUCUGACACUGAGGACGUGACCAAGAGGAAGAACCAUAACUUCUUGGAACGAAAAAGGAGGAAUGACCUCCGCUCCCGGUUCCUAGCCCUGCGGGACCAGGUUCCCACCCUGGCCAGCUGCUCUAAGGCCCCCAAAGUCGUGAUCCUCAGCAAGGCGUUAGAAUACUUGCAGGCUUUGGUGGGGGCUGAAAAGAAAAUGGCUACAGAGAAAAGGCAGCUCCGGUGUCGGCAACAGCAACUGCAAAAGAGAAUCGCGUACCUCAGUGGCUACUAACCGACCAGAACGCCUGACUUCUUGGUCUCACAGACACAAGCUUAUUGUUUAACCUCUCUCUCCCUUUUAGUAAUUUGCACAUUUUGGUUACAGCGGGGGGGGCAGUCUGGACAGUAGAUCCCAGAAUGCAUUGCAGCCGGUGUGCGCACACAAUAAGGGCUUGCAUUCUUGGUAACCUCGAAACCCAAUUCUCCCUCUUCCCCGACCGACUCAUGGGAAUGCUGUCCUUCUCUGGCGCCUUUGGCUUCUCAGCAGGCAGCUACUGAGGAGAUUUGGGGUCUGCUUAGCUCACUAGCUCCUGACGAAAGGCUGACAGAUGCUAUGCAACAGGUGGUGGACGUUGUUGGGGCUGCAGCCUACGUGAAAUCUCACACUGUGCUGGGGCUUCAGGCUAGGAAAGGAUGCUGCUCUCACUGCUGUCUCUGGGGAUGAUCUGAGGACAGCUGGGCCUGGAUACUGUCCCCCAGGCUCCGUUUUCCAGGAGGCAAGCGAGCUGUCCCGGGCGAAGACAAGCUCGCAGACUUGAUCAGCAUGGAGCAUUACCUCACCGUCAGACACUUUACAGUAGCUGUGGAGUGGAAACCUUUAAGAUAGAUUUGGAUGGUAGGCCACACCCUUCCCUGCACGCUCAAUGCUAUGACUUUGAGAAAGGGCUUGGCCUCUAUGUAGAGUCUUUGUCUCAGAGUUCUCUGGGCCUUCUCAGAGAGGGACCUUUCUAUCCUCACAAGGGACCUUUUUGUUUCUUCCUGCCUUUGUUAUGCAAUGGCCACCACAGCACCCUUUCACACCGACCAGAAAUAUUUCCCCAGGACAUAGGGAAAUGGGUCACAGCCCAGGACCUGGGGAAGCCUUGGCAUCCCCACUCAUGACCAACGGUCCUUGCCCAGGUUUUCUGCAGGGCUAUUUGAGGCCCAGCUUGGAACCUUUUCUCGAGGCAGAUAGUUACAAGGUGCCUCUGAAGGACAAGCCCUAUCGCUUCCUCUUUCCCACCUGCCUCUCUGUCAGAUCUUGACUCUGUCUACAAUCUGCUGGAACAGUGCAAACCUGUCCUUCUCGAGCAACUUUGCUGGCUCUGCAGCCACCAUCCUGAUUCUCUGCCGGCCUGAGUCACAUCCUUUCCCCUGGAAUCUGGGCCUUACAGAGAGAUUCAGAGGGGCACCGCUUGCAUUCACCUGAUGCCCCCAGAAGGUAAACUUACUUCCUGGUGGGUUGUCAGUGUACCUCUAGGAACGCUACUCAGCCAACAAGGAGAGUUUGCUCCAGCUGUGUUCUGCAACUCCCUGUGGAAUCAAAGUACAGCCCUCUAUCCUGGGAAAGUCACCAAGCUAGCAGCCGUCACGUGAGCAUCUUUCAGGAGAUCCUAAGCUUUGCCUGAAAGAAGAGCCAGCCUUUCCAGAACUCUACCCAGGAAAGCAGAUCUGUUCCUGCUGGCCCUGGGCUUGGAAGUAGGGGUACAGUGUGGGGGACAGACAGUAAGUAACAACAUGUGGCUCUCAAAAACCAGCUACCACUUCCAAAUUGGCUCCCAACUGUGAUGGCCUCCAAUUACUUCCUGGCCUCAAGUCCUAGAGGAAGCUUCGGAAGUUGCUGUUGUACCUGUUGGGGCAGGACUUCUAGGCACCAAGGGACUCCUGGAACUAUCUUGGGAGGACAAGUGGUGAACAGGCUAAAGUCUCAUCUGAAUGGCUUGUGUUUUAUAAGCUGCUGCGGGGUUGUAUGCUGUGGGCGUCUUUUGUUUUUGUUUUUGCUUUUUUUUUUAAUACUGUAUUUUUGUAUGCUUUUUUGCAAAGUGGUGUUAACUGUUUUUGUAUAAGAAAAACAAAAAACAAAAACCCUCCUGUUGCAAGGGUCUGGUUUAUUUUGAAAGGUGCAUUUACCUGAAAUUUUGUAUUUAGUUGUAAUCAUUAAUUGCUUGAUUUUAAACUGUUGCCUUCUGGGACAUCUUCUAAUAAAAAGAUUUCUCAAAAAAA